UUACAUUGUUAAUCGAAAGCUUUGCCAAGUAAUGGACAGACCAUUUGGAUAUAUAAGCUUUCACAUGUGAGGUUAGACCAGGGACACGCGCCGGUUUCAUACUAUGGUGUGUCAUGAUGUGUUUGUUAUGUCGAUAUGUGUUGGUGUCUUAUAAAUAACAUGACGAAGUUGUCAUAAAAUCGAACAACUAUUUAGACAGAGGAGACACGCUUUCUGGAGGACACUAGCAAUCCUGGAUGGACUAUUGACGACAGUCUGAACCUGUAACUUGGACUUUACGAGACGUUAAAGGAGAGAGACUCGUAACUGAUCAGAACGCAUCGAUUCAGCACAUUGAUUCUGUCAGAGAUGCAGACGUUCGUGAAAGGAAAAAGAGUUGGAUACUGGCUCAGCGAGAAGAAGAUUAAAAAACUCAGUUUCCAGACCUUCGUGGAAAUGUGCAGGAAACAAGGCAUAGAGAUGAUCCAGCUGGAUCUGAGCCAGCCAAUAGAGAAGCAGGGUCCAUUUGAUGUCAUCAUCCACAAGCUGACUGACCACAUUGUUGAUGCUGACCAAAAUGUCACAGAGUCUCUGCUACUUGUUCAGGGUGUUCAGGACUACAUAGAUGCUCAUCCUGAAACAGUGAUUCUUGACCCUCUUCCAGCCAUUCGUACCCUGCUGGACCGCUGCAAGUCAUACAAGCUAAUCCAUAAACUUGAAGAAUGCAUGCAAGAUGACAGAAUCUGCUCACCUCCAUUCAUGGUCCUCAAGAGUGAAUGUGGCACUGAGACUCUGGAGCAGCUUCAGAAACAUGGAAUCACAUUUCCCUUCAUCUGCAAAACCCAGGUAGCUCAUGGCAUCAACUCCCAUGAGAUGGCCAUCAUCUUCAGUGAGGAAGAUCUGAAAGACAUCAAGCCCCCAUGUGUCAUCCAGAGCUUUAUCAACCAUAAUGCAGUGCUGUAUAAGGUUUUUGUAGUGGGAGAGGCCUACAGUGUGGUGCAGCGGCCCUCCAUUCGAAAUUUCCCAUCUGGACCCACAGACAGGAGAGCAAUAUCUUUCAACAGUCAUCAUGUGUCCAAACCAGAGUCCUCUUCUGACCUGACCUGCAGGGACAACAUGGAGGGCCAGUACCGGGAACCCAGCAAUGAUGUCAUUCAGAGAAUUUCCAGAAGGUUAAGACAGGCCCUUGGUAUUUCUCUGUUCGGGAUUGACAUCAUCAUCAACAACCAGACCGGCCAGCACGCCGUCAUCGACAUCAACGCAUUCCCAGGUUAUGAGGGAGUCCCCGAGUUUUUCGAUGACCUGUUGAGUCACAUCAGCAGCGUCCUGCAAGGUCAGGUGUCAAACGGAGUGGCGUGCGGUCAUCUGAGAGUGAACGGGAUAGCGCAGAGCCCAUCUGUGGCCUGCGGGAUGCACUAUGGCAUGCUGGGAAACGAAAGCAGUUGGUUGAUGGACAGCGAGGGGAUAAAGGGUCCCCAUCAGGGACUGAGUUGUGGCGGCGCUUGCAUAGCUCCAAACUUUCACCAGCACAGCAGAUCCAGUUUAGCAGCGGAGACGUCCUCGCAGUGACACGGAGAGCCAAUGCAAUAGAAUAUUUCAGUACUGUUCACGAACCAAAUGAAUGCUCAUCAAAGGGUAGGUGUGUAGAAAAUUCCUUUGUGCCAAAUGUGAAUUGUGUAGGAAAUUAUUGAAUGUGUAUUGAUUGUCUACUCAUUUAAUUUCAUGUUUGGAAAGGGCGACCUGAUCUUGGAAAGGUAUAUGAUUAGAUUUUUAAUGAAUGUUGCACUAAACUUAAUUUGCAGAACAAUGGCUUCA